AAUACCAACCACCUGCCGGAUUCCGGUCGACAUGAGCAGAUCGCAAGAAGGCAUCGUUAGCGCCGGUGAGAAGAAGUACAAGGGCGUGCGUCGUCGGAAAUGGGGGAAAUAUGUAUCUGAGAUCCGGGUCCCAGGAAGCCAUGAACGGCUGUGGCUCGGCUCCUACACCACCCCGGAGGCUGCCGCAGUGGCCCGCGACACGGCUGUGUACUUCCUCAGAGGGCCCGACUGGUCGCACGAUCUCAAUUUCCCCCACCGCGUCGCGAUGUAUGCGUGGGCGGGCUUGUCGCCGAGGUCGAUACAGAGGGUGGCAUCCGACUCCGGGAUGGCGGUCGAUGCGCAGUUGAUGGUCCGAGGGCCCGAGGCGCCGCCUCAGCCGCCAACACAGAGAGCUGAGGUUGGUGUAAUGGAGAGUAUUAACUGGAGACAAGGUGGAGAGCAUGGUUUGUACGAAGUGAGUGAAUUCGGAGGAGAUAUAUGCAUUGACGACACGGAUAUCUAUAUGUAGGAUUGCUAUCAGUAGUUAAAUUGGAGUUCAGCUAGACUUCAUACCAUAUCAGAAGUUCCCUGUAGGGGGGAUGGGACUCUGGGUUUUAGUUUCUAGCCAUUAAUCCUCCCUUACAUGAGAUUCUAUCUAUACAUAUAUUACCAAUCCUUGGUUUUGGG